CCCGGACAGCAUCUCAGACUCACCGGGUCGAGCUGAUAACUUUGGUUUUGUUAAAAUAGACCAGAUAAGAAAAAGGAGGAGAAAUUAACUUAUUUAAGAACGACGGAUCUGUCAGAAGUAGUUCAUAAGAGGCAUCUAAAGGCAUUUACUCGGUCUCCCUUUUAAGCUACAUCAUACUUGGCGAGGCUGUAUUUAUUUAUUUAUUUUAUUAUUAUUAUUAUCGUUAAUUUUAUUUAAAAGUUGAGUUCUGUGGAAAAACGAGGGAAAAAGGCGAAGUUUCAACUGAGUCAACGUACGUCGAGACGUCAUCCAACAUUUGACAAGACGUGAUGGAGGGCGGAAAGCAACUGACCUUCCCGCUGAUGCUGACUGUUGGGACGGCUGUGAUCGGCUCCCUUCAGUUCGGCUACAACACAGGUGUCAUCAAUGCCCCGCAAAAGAUCAUUGAGGCCUUCUACAAUGAGACAUGGACUGAUCGAUAUAAUGACAACAUCCCUAAAACAACCAUGACUACCUUGUGGUCUCUGUCUGUGGCCAUCUUCUCUGUGGGCGGCAUUAUUGGAUCCUUCUCCGUCGGGCUGUUUGUUAACCGCUUUGGAAGGAGGAACUCCAUGCUCAUGGCUAAUGUCCUGGCUUUCAUCGCUGCAGCACUGAUGGGCUUCUCUAAGAUGGGGGCAUCCUGGGAGAUGCUCAUUAGUGGACGGUUUGUGGUGGGCCUUUACUCUGGUCUGUCCACUGGUUUUGUGCCCAUGUAUGUGGGUGAAGUGGCCCCCACAGCCCUCAGAGGAGCCCUGGGCACCCUUCACCAGCUGGGCAUCGUUAUUGGCAUCCUCAUGGCUCAGAUCUUUGGUAUGGAAGCAAUCAUGGGAAAUGCCACCAUGUGGCCAUUCCUCCUUGGCUUCACCUUCAUCCCAGCCCUGCUGCAGUGCUGUUUACUGCCCUUCUGCCCCGAGAGCCCUCGAUUUCUCCUCAUCAUCCGCAACGAGGAAAACAAAGCCAAAGCAGUGCUUAAAAAGCUGCGCGGGAUGACGGAUGUGAGUGCAGACAUGCAGGAGAUGAAGGAGGAGAGCAGACAGAUGAUGAGAGAGAAGAAAGUGACCAUUCCUGAACUGUUCCGCUCUCCGCUCUACCGACAGCCCAUGGUUAUAGCCAUCAUGCUGCAGCUGUCCCAGCAGCUUUCUGGAAUCAAUGCUGUAUUCUACUACUCUACAAAGAUCUUUGAGAAGGCAGGUGUGCAGCAGCCAGUUUAUGCCACUAUUGGAGCAGGAGUUGUCAACACAGCUUUCACUGUAGUGUCGCUGUUUGUAGUUGAGCGAGCGGGCCGCAGGUCUCUGCACCUCUUGGGACUGCUGGGAAUGGCCGGAUCUGCUGUACUGAUGACCAUCGCUCUUGCCUUGCUGGAAAAGUACGACUGGAUGUCCUACAUGAGCAUCGUAGCAAUCUUUGCAUUCGUGGCCUUCUUUGAGAUCGGACCGGGCCCCAUCCCAUGGUUCAUUGUGGCUGAGCUGUUCAGUCAGGGCCCAAGACCCUCUGCAUUUGCUGUUGCUGGAUUCUCCAACUGGACAGCGAACUUUAUCGUGGGCAUGUGCUUUCAGUAUGUCGAGGAGCUCUGUGGGGCGUAUGUGUUCGUCAUCUUCACCGUAUUUUUACUGUGCUUCUUUGUCUUCACCUACUUCAAAGUCCCAGAGACCAAGGGCCGGACGUUCGAUGAAAUCUCUGCCGGUUUCCGCCAGGCAGCGUCAGGUGCUGAGAAGCACUUGCCCGAGGAGCUCAACAGCCUGGGGGCGGACUCUCAACUUUAAACCCCUCCUCUAACCCCGCCUCCCUCACCUGGUCACUCUUCUGCACGCAACUACUGAGGAGAAGGGGUCAGCGGGCUGUCAAUCAAACAUUUCCCCCCUUCUCACGGCUGCACUCACCUCUUAGUCCCCCCGCGCUCCCCAAUGGCUUCACACGGCCAGCCGAACUGCAGCUGCUGGAUGCCAGACACCGGGUUUGAAAGGCAGGGUGUAAGAGUAGUCAUCAUAUUCCUUCUAUAAGAAAGAUGAUCGUUUUAAGACAUGUUUGAGGUGUCGUAUUUUGCGUUGGAAUUGCUUUGGCUAGGUUUUAGGUUUUUAAAUCUACCUUAACUGUUACUUCUGCUGUGCUAUGAGAGUAAAAAAUCGCCGGAGGUCACGGGGUCACUCCUGAUCGAGCCGCUACGCUCUUGAUGUCAGAAAUACACAUGCCAAAUGUACGCUGACUGACAAUUCAAUACUGUAUUCCAGAUAACUGUAUCUCAUUUAAACAAAAAAUUAUAUAUAUAUAUAUAUAUAUAUAAG